AUGGCCACCACGGUGGAUGGGUGCUGAGCCUGAGAAGGAGAAUGGGGGUCCAGGGACACCUGGAAGAGGAAGACCUCAGGGCCUCCAGCAGGUUGGCACUGUAUGUAUACGAGUACCUGUUGCACGUUGGUGCCCAGAAGUCAGCCCAGACCUUUCUGUCCGAGAUCCGAUGGGAGAAGAACAUUACGCUGGGGGAGCCCCCAGGGUUCCUGCAUUCCUGGUGGUGCGUGUUCUGGGACUUGUACUGUGCAGCACCUGACCGCAGAGAGGCGUGUGAGCACUCAAAUGAGGCCAAGGCCUUCCAGGACUACGGCUCUGUAGCGGCCCCUAGUCCAGUGAUGGGGAGCAUGGCCCCCAACGACGCAAUGGCAGCAGGCCCCAUGGCACCCGGCUUCUUCCAGGGCCCCCCCGGCUCCCAGCAGCCCCCCCACAACCCCAACGCCCCCAUGAUGGGGCCUCAUGUUCAGCCCUUCAUGUCACCGCGGUUCCCAGGGGGCCCCCGGCCCACCCUGCGGAUGCCGAGUCAGCCUCCGGUGGGCCUCCCCGGCUCCCAGCCCCUCCUCCCUGGAGCCACGGAACCCUCCCCUCGAGCUCAGGGGCAUCCGAGCAUGGGCCCGAUGCAGAGGGUGACACCUCCACGAGGCAUGGCCAGCGUUGGAGCCCAGAGCUAUGGAGGUGGCAUGCGGCCCCCACCCAACUCCCUCAGCGGCCCAGGCCUGCCCACCAUGAACAUGGGCCCUGGAGUGCGGGGCCCGUGGGCCAGCCCCAGCGGAAACUCGAUCCCCUAUUCCUCGUCCUCCCCCGGCAGCUACACGGGACCCCCAGGAGGAGGCGGGCCCCCAGGAACACCCAUCAUGCCCAGCCCUGGAGACUCCACCAACUCCAGUGAGAACAUGUACACGAUCAUGAACCCCAUUGGGCCGGGCGCUGGCAGGGCUAAUUUCCCGCUCGGCCCUGGUCCGGAGGGCCCCAUGGCGGCCAUGAGUGCAAUGGAGCCUCAUCACGUGAACGGAUCCCUGGGCUCGGGCGAUAUGGACGGGUUGCCGAAGAGCUCCCCCGGCGCCGUGGCCGGCCUGAGCAACGCCCCGGGCACCCCGCGGGACGACGGCGAGAUGGCGGCCGCCGGGACCUUCCUGCACCCGUUCCCGAGCGAAAGCUACUCGCCCGGGAUGACCAUGAGCGUGUGAUGGGGCAGUAGCCCCGUGCCCACUGUCGGCCUCGGCUUCUGCCCAGUGCCCCUGCCUGGGACCAAGGUGCAGGGGCUCGGGCAGUCUGCUGGGUGAGGGUCUGAGGUCACACCUCGGGCGACUGUACUCCAGUUCAAGGAUUGGACAGCUGGGAGGCCCCGCACGAAGGACUCUCAUUUUAUAAGAAACAAAACAAAAAAACAAAAAAACGCAAGGACCUCAGAGACAUUCUUUCAUGUAUAGGCCCUUCCUGCCAUUUCUAGUUUGUCCAAGGGGGCUCCCUGGGGACCGCUUCUCCCCUGGACAGCAGGGGGUGGGCCCCAUCAAUAAAUGUAACUUGGUUUUGGUUUUUUGGUA